AUGAGCUCACAGCACACAACAUACGCUGCACUCUUUAUUGUCGCCAUUUUCAUGUUACAGUACGCUACGACAGAAAGUGACGACAGAUAUGUUCGUCAACGAAUCGCUCGAGCACCGAAGUUCAUUCGCUUUGGACGUGGUGGUGGUGCGAAAUUCAUUCGAUUUGGGCGAAGCGACAAUAAUAUGAAAGACGACGAAAUCGAUGAAGCUGAGUACUACGACGAUGCACAUCAGGAUGAUAAGAGAGCAGCAAAAUUCAUCAGAUUUGGAUAA